AUGCAGCUCGCUCGCGCCCCCGUCGCCGCUCGCUCCGCCACUCGCCCGGCUGCUCGCAGCCGUGUGGUGAUGGCUGCCACCUACAAGGUGACCCUCAAGACCCCCAGCGGCGAGAAGGUCAUCGACGUGGCCGACGACACCUACAUCCUGGACGCCGCCGAGGAGGCCGGCCUUGACCUGCCCUACUCCUGCAGGGCCGGCGCCUGCUCCAGCUGCGCGGGCAAGGUGGAGGCGGGCUCCGUCGAUCAGAGCGACCAGUCUUUCCUGGACGACUCCCAGAUCGGCAACGGGUUUGUGCUCACCUGCGUGGCCUACCCCACCAGCGACGUGACUAUCCUGACCAACCAGGAGGAGGCCCUCUACUAA